AAGAUCAAAAUUCCCUAUCUUGGCAGUUAAAAAGCAUCAUGAAGGAUUGUUUGAUCCUCCUUUAUCUGGCCGUUUUUUUCUGCAGCUCCAGCGUAGAUGGCGGGCUUCUGGAUGAUAAAGCAAAAAUUCUUACUGAUUUUAAGGCAAAAUACAACAACAGCCAGUCUGAUAUCAUUUUUCUCAUGGAUGUCUCUGGCAGCGUGAGCAAUUAUGGUUUCCAAUCGGAGAAGAUUUUUGUCGAUAAUCUUCUUAAUGAGUUCAGCGUAGCCCCCUAUUCGACACGAGUUGCUGUUAUCACAUUUGGUGCCGAUGUUAAGACGGACAUUAACUACAUUGACAUUAGCCCUCUAUCAAAAACGCAUCAAAAGUGCGAGUUUCAGCCUUGGUUUCAGUACAACGUGAAGCAUCGUUAUGGACGGGCCACAAACAUGAGAGAUGCCUUCCAGACAGGCAUAAAUAUCCUUCAAAGCGCAAUGGAUAAUCAGCGACGGAGGAGCGGGGUACACACCGUGGCAAUCAUGAUAACAGACGGAUGGUGGAACAGAGGUAGUCCUGUAGAGAAUGCGAACAGACUUAAAAGUUCUUACGCGACGGACAUAAUCACAGUAGGAGUAGAUGGCUACAAUGCAGGACAGUUACAACAGUUGGCGAGCUCAAAUGAUCUUGUUCUUGGUUUCCACACCUUCACGCAGUUUCGAGAGCUUGCAAUGUUUAUAAGAGGAGACGCCCACGACAAAACUUUUAUGGAAGUGGACGCAAGUGAAUGCACCUCUGGUGGCUGCGAUUCCAAAGCCUUUUGCGCCUGCGGUACAGUCAGUGCAGUGUAUCAGUGCGUCUGUAGACAAGGAUAUCGAGGAGAUGGCCUUCUAAAUGGCGAAGGCUGCAUUCUUUGUGGACGUGGAACGUAUAAGCAGUGGGCUACUCCAAGUGAGUGUAUUGCGUGUCCGGAACAUUCUAGUACAGAUGCAGAGGGAAGUAUUUUGAAAAGUCAAUGCAAAUGUAAGACUGGGUACGAAGGCGACCCGUCAAGAGACAUCGCUUGUACAGCUGUUAAGUGCGAGCAGCUCCUAGCACCUCAGAAUGGCGGUUUCCUUGCAGCAUGCGAUAUAGUUUACGAUAGUGUAUGUGAAUUCCAGUGCAGUUCUGGGUACAAUCUUGUCGGGUCGAGCUCACGAAGAUGUCAAAGUAAUAAGCAAUGGAGUGGAACAGCAGUGGAGUGCCAAGUCAUCACUUGCGCAGUUUUGCCACCACUAAACUAUGGUGACAAAUCAUGUUCUGGCAGGGGAUAUGAAUACGGUAAUAUUUGUACUUUUACCUGCGACGUGGGAUAUGAACGCAGAGGAAGCGCAACCAGAAUCUGUCAGGCUGAUGCCCAAUGGUCUGGGAGUGCAACGUCUUGUGAAGCUCGUAAGUGUCCAGCUCUUCGUCGGUUGGCUUUUGGUGACGUUGAACCAGAGGAUUGUGUGACGACACCGCAACCUUAUCAACGAGGAUGUACCAUGCAAUGUGUCUCCGGCUACACCUUAAAUGGAGACAGCAGACUGGAAUGUGGGUCAGAUGGAAAUUGGGUUGGAACUUUUCCAACCUGUGAAGAUCGGCAACCACCAUACAUCACCUGUCCACCUGACGUGAAUAACGGCACGGACCCCGAGAGGGCGACACGGAGUGUAACCUGGAGUGAUCCCGUUGUCAGUGACAAUGCAGAGUUGCACGAUCCGAAUGCUGCUCCCACAGUUACUAGAUCACCUGAGAUCGUAUCCCCGUACGACUUUCCCAUUGGCACUACUCGCAUUACGUACACUGCAACGGACAAGGGAGGCCUAAUCCAGGCGUGUGUCUUUACCGUAACAGUCUCUGAUAACGAACCUCCUGCAAUCUACUGCCCUCAAAAUAUGGAGGUCCAGAAGAAGAGUGACACACCAACUAUAAAAGUCUAUUGGCCACCACCGACAUACCGAGAUAAUUCCGGUGGGGCUAUCACCGUCUUUACUGAGUCCAUCAAUGGCUCAGAUUUUAGAACUGGUUCAUAUCCAAUCAAAUACACAGCAACGGACGAGAGUAACAACAAAGGAUCGUGCACGUUUAUUAUCGUCAUUUCUUCUGUGAAAUGCAAGCCCUACGAUCCCCCAAUCAACGGCCUUAUUUCCUGUGCACAUUCUGAUGCCAUCGGAGGAGAAGGCUGUACACCCCAGUGUAGCAGCAAAAAAGAAUUCGCCCGAGUCCCGGCUACCUUCUACGUCUGUCAAACAAGUGGCAACUGGUAUGUCUGGGAUUUUCGUCCCACUGUAUCGUUGGAAAUGCCGUGGCCUGAUUGCACGGAGGAGUAUGUUCCAGGUGCUGCACGUAAAGGCAUGGAAUGGCAAUACUUUGUCGGAGACUGCUCAGAUCCUGCUGUACAACAACAAGCCAAAGAAAAUUUUAUAAGAGGAUUCAACGAAGUGUUCUCUCCAAAAGACCCCAACUACUGUCAAAGGGAAAAAAUAUGCGCCCUGGAAAAUAUCAAAAUUACUUGUGGAGAGGUUCAGAGAAGGAGGCGAAGAAAUGCACAAGCUGUUCUUACCAUCGAACUCAAUGUUGAGGUUAUUACACAAAAUGACGACUUCGACAAGGCCAAGUCUGACUUGGAGGGGAACGUUACCAACGCGAGGAAUGCAGAUUCAAUGAAAACAAUCCAGGCUAAUUCCCAGACAAUGACACUUAAAACCGUCAAGGAGACCCCCACAACUGGAGUCUGCGUCGAUGGAGCCGUGUUUGGGCUCAAUCAGGGCCAAGACUACCUCAAUAACAUUGACCACAGUCAGAGAUGCCAAAACUGCCCAUCCGGUACUUACUAUGACGUUAAUUACAAAAACUGCUCAGACUGUCCACUUAACACAUACAACACAUACACUGCUGCGGUUGGCCAAUGCACGGUUUGUCCUGAGAAGACUUAUACCCUUGCUGUUGGGAGUAAAAAUAUCACUCAAUGUUUAGCUGCUUGCCAACCUGGAGAGUUCUCACCCACUGGCCUCGCCAACUGUGCACAAUGUCCCUUAAAUACUUACCAGUCUCUUCUGCGACAGACGUCGUGUAUUGCCUGCCCAGGAUCAUCAGUCACUUUGGGAUUUGGCACCAACUCAAUCAGCGGAUGCGGAAUGCCGUGUGCUCCUGGAACAUAUUCUCAGACUGGGGUUGAACCCUGCUUACCCUGUGCUAAAGGGACUUAUCAACCCAACAAAAAGCAAACUAAGUGCUUAUCAUGUGAUAUUAACAAAUCAACUUAUGGAGAAGGUGCUUCAUCACUGAGCCAGUGUAUCGCGAUUGUGAACUGUGCUUCGAGUCCAUGCAACAACGAUGCUACGUGCGUUGAAGUUGCCCAGGGAUACAAAUGCAAUUGCAAACCGGGCUUUGCCGGAGCAAACUGCGAAAUCGAAGAGGAUGAAUGUCUCUCAAGUCCGUGUGCAAAAGGAUCUACUUGUGUUGACAAGAUAAAUGCGUAUGAGUGUUUGUGUCCUCCUGAGUACACUGGGGUACAUUGUGAUGUCAAAACAAGUAGCUGUGACAGUAGCAAAUGCGCUGCUGGUGCACAGUGCGUCAAUUCACCAGAGGGACAUGAAUGUGUCUGCCCAGAUGGAUACGAAGGACAAUUUUGUGAGACAAAAAUCAAUGAAUGCAAAGCAGCACCAUGUAAGAAUGGUGGAAUUUGUUUGAGCAAAACCUCCGCAUUCCAAUGCAUCUGCCCCACAGGCUUCAGUGGUAAUCUGUGCGAAAAGAAUGAAAAUGGCUGUCUUCCAGACUCUUGCUUGAAUGGUGGGACUUGCAAGGAAACCAGCUAUGGUCCAGAAUGCACUUGUUUGGCAGGUUUUGCCGGCACAAAAUGCAAAAUUAAUAUCAAUGAGUGUUCAAGCUCACCGUGCCUGAACAACGGACACUGUGUUGAUCAAACAAAUGGUUACAAGUGUUACUGCAAACCUUCCUUCAAGGGAUCUAACUGCGAGACAGAAAUUUCCACUGACUUUGACAUGGAGUUCGAUAGAACACAGGGUCGUGGAUUAGCUAUCUUGGAAAUGCGUCAGGAGCUUAGAGCGUUUUCUGUCGCUUUCUGGAUGAAAGUUGCCAACAGUGAGGUUAAUCCUGGAACUCCUUUAUCAUAUGCUGUUAAAGUGGGAGAAAAAAUCGAGGAUAAUGCUCUCGUCAUUCAUGACUAUAAUGGGUUUAACAUUUGGGUCAACGGACAGAAAGCUUCCACGAACGUAGCAGCAAAUGACGAUAAAUGGCAUCACAUGACAAUGACAUGGGAAAGUUCAACUGGAACAUGGAAAGCGUACAAGGAUGGAAGUCUCGUCAGGCAAAGUGAUCCGGCUGAGCCUUUUCAAAAGGGACAGGUCAUUGCAGCAGGAGGAUCUUUUGUUCUUGGACAAGAACAAGACGACCUGGCAGCCAACUUUAGCGCAAAUGAAGCUUUCAUUGGAAAAAUGAGCCAGAUGAACGUUUGGAGUUAUGAACUUACGGCUGGAGAUAUCGCAGACUUGGCUCGACACGCAGAAAGCCUCCUAGGAAAUGUCGUUGGAUGGUCUGAUUUCUUUGAUGUAGCCAAUAGCGGUAUUAAGAAGAUUAAACCGUCCGCAGCACGAACCGAAAACAAAUGCUGGACUGCGUGGCUCAACAAUGACUCACCCACCUCUGGUGCAGGGGACGCGGAAACUCGCGCAGGUGCAUGCGCGGGACCCGGUCCAUUCGAUUGUCAGGAUAUUGAAGGAAGAUCAAUGCCAGACCUUGAAUUGAAUUUGACAAGUACUUGCUCAGAUAGUGGUAUCACGUGUUUGAAUAGUGAUCAAAGAACUGGACGCAGCUGUCCUGACUUUAAAGUUCGAUACGUCUGCACGUGCCCAGCAAAUAGUGCCUGCAACAGCAAUCCAUGUGGUGCUCACGGUACAUGUGAGACCCUUCCAGUUGGUUAUAAGUGCAAAUGCCAAGCAGGAUAUGAGGGUCGCCUUUGUAACACAGCUCUGAAGUGUCCAUGUCCUGGGAAAAUUGCACAUGGCUUGUACAGUGGCAGCCGAAAAUUGGGUGGUAAAAUAACCAUUCAUUGCGGUACUGGAUUCAAGGCAAGUGGAACGGCAACGCUGAACUGUGUGGGGGGAAAAUGGGAUGCACUUGUUCCACAAUGCAUAGAAGAGUGUGUGAACACCUUGGGAAGUUACAAAUGCAGGUGCACAGCGGGAUAUUCCCUUAAUCAAGACGGAAGCUGUUCAGAUAUAAACGAGUGCAACUCCAAUAAUGGCAACUGCCAGCAGAGCUGUCAUAACAGUGUUGGUAGCUACCGCUGUACAUGUGGAUCUGGGUACACCUUAAUGGCGGACGGUAGAUCUUGUGCAGAUGACAAUGAAUGUUCAACUAACUCUGGAUUGGGACCGUGUGAGCAGAUUUGCGUGAAUACCUUCCUGGGACAUAAUUGUCUAUGCAGGCCGGGAUAUACUCUCAACAACGAUAAAAAAACAUGCUCAGCAAACUCUUGUCCAGCGAUAUCAAACUUGGCUAAUGGGAGACUUUACCCAGCUAGUCCCACGACAACCCUGGACAGCAAAGUGAAAUUUGAGUGUAACGUUGGUUACACAUUGAAGGGAGCCUCUACCAGAACAUGUUUGGCUGAUGGCGAGUGGUCUGGAGUUGAACCUCGUUGUGAUGGUGUUAAAUGCAUCCGUCCUGGAGACCUGAAGGACGGAACAAAAAGCACCUCAGCAAAUUCAUACAACACUGUUGUCACCUACACAUGCAAUCAGGGGUUCCAGUUGGUUGGAUUAGCAACUCGUACAUGUCAGGCCGACGGAUCCUGGAGCGGAGAACAUCCUCGCUGUAUAGCUGCUGACUGCCCUGAGCCUUCAGCUCCAAUGAAUGGGAAGCUGAUUGGUCUUCAAAGGAAAGAUGGCGACACCAUCAGAUUUGAAUGUGAUCUUGGUUACAAACUGGUCGGUCAAUCUUACGCCAUCUGCCAAGGAAAUGCCUGGAAUACUCCCACACCCUCUUGUAACUUGGUAAAUUGCGGUCAACCUCCAGCAGUGGCCAAUGGCCAACAUCAUGGCUCAGACUAUUCCUACGAUGCAAAGGUGACCUUCUCUUGCGUAGCCUCAAACUUCAAGCUGUCAGGUUCAGAGGAGAGAAUAUGUCAGGCUGAUGGUACAUGGAGUGGAACUCAGCCAGUCUGUCUCGAAAACUCAUGUGGCAACCCUGGUACACCGGAAAACGGAAUUAAGGUCGGAGAUAACUACAAGUUCCACGAUAUUGUUCAGUUCCAGUGCAACGAAGGAUAUAACUUAAUUGGGUCCAAGUCCAGAACUUGCAAAACGGACAAUAACUGGGAUGGAACACAACCAACGUGCCAACUUGUCACCUGUGGAGACCCUGGGUUGCCUUCAAACGGGGAGCGCGUCGGAUCCGAAUUCACUUAUGGAAAGAUUGUAGCAUAUGACUGCAAUCCUGCCUUCCAAAUUAAGGGCAGUAGGGAAAUCAAAUGCCAAAUCGAUGGGACUUGGUCUGGAGCACUUCCUAAAUGUGAAGCUUCAUCAUGUGGCGGAGAACUCGUUGGUCCUUCCGGAAGUUUUAAAUCUCCAAACAACCCCAACAGCUAUCCAGACAAUGCUUACUGCCGCUGGAAGAUAAGCGUGCCUUCUGGCAAGAAGGUCUUAGUUACAUUCAACACGCUAAAAACCCAGAAGAACAAAGAUCUGGUAGAAAUAUAUGACGGUGCUUCCAAACUACUUAUUACCAAACUCUCUGGAGUUUAUUCCAAACCAGUUUCAUUCACGUCCGAACGUAAUUCAAUUGAUAUCCGUUUUGUGUCUGAUGGUAGUGAGAACUCGGAAGGAUUUUCAGCAUCCUACGAGCAAGUCACCUGCGGAGGUGUAAUUUCUGCUCUGGACCAGACUGUGAUGUCACCCAACUUCCCCAGUGACUAUCCAAACAGUGUCACUUGUGUAUGGUCUCUCUCCCUUGGUGUACCCUUCCAGUUGGAAUUUGAGAGCUUCAACACACAGUCUGGCUACGAUCUCUUAAAGGGAUACAGCUCACUAACUUCCUUUACCUCGAGCGAUCUCGUAUUCGAUUUCGACGGGGAGAGGUUCGCGCUCCCACCCAUACAAGCACCGGAUGGCCAGAUGUACCUGAUAUUCACAUCCAAUUACGUCGGAACUGCGCCAGGAUUUAAGCUGACGAUUAAAAAAUAUCAAGUGAUCGUAGGAAAAUAACUGUGUAUUACGGGCCUGGAGCUAUGAAAACGAAAAACUCCAGAGUAUAUCGUGCCAUAGUGUUUUAAAACGAUAUCAUCAAACGGGCUUUGUAAGAGAAAUGAACAUGAAUAAAAUAUUGAAAACCAAAGCACA